CCCGGAGCACCCAAAGAAUGCCGGGCGGACGAAGACCAUGGAGCUCUUCAAAGACCGCCAUCCGCUUUGACGACUCAAUGAAACUGUUGACAGCCCAGCACUACCACUACCACAAUGUUGAAAGCGGAAUAUGAAGCGUUGGCUAACCAUGGGAGACCGAAGGGGGUCAUCAUGUGUCGAAAUCUGUCCAAAUAUGCCCCACUAUUCCUUCUCCUGGCCCUCUCUGGUCUCAUAUUCCUUCUGCGCAACAUUCACACUCUGGAGAACCUGAGCUGCCACACAGCAUCAACGCUUUUUCAGCUCCAGAACAGCAUCCACACAGCUUUUGCCCAGAAGGGGCCCCUCCCUCCGUACCACAACGAUACCUUCUGCAGCCACCUGGGGCUGGAGCUCACCCCCGACGAAGCCCUGGAGGAUCGCUACCUCCUCAACGCCAUCGCCUGGCCCAAGCUGCCCGCCCGCCCCGCCCCCGCGCCCCUACGCCAGACCAGCGACCCCGUGCACAGCCUGUUCGCCAUCCUGCCCUCCAAGGGCCGGAGGGAGUGGCACGUGGGGGACCAGCUGGAGGCCCUGGUCCAGAUGCACGACUUCCAGGGCCGUCCCAAGCGCUACGGCGGGGACUUCCUGGUGGCGCGGUUGCACUCCCCUGAGCUGGGGGCGGGGGUGGCGGGCAGGGUGGUGGAUCACCUCAACGGCUUCUACUCGGCUCUGUUUCCCCUGCUGUGGCAGGGCACGGUCGAGGUGGUGAUCACCAUGGUGCACUCCAGUGAGGCGGUGGCCGUGCUGCAGCGGCUCCAGGAGCAGCGGCCUGACCGGGUCUUCUUCAAGAGUCUGUUCCGAUCAGGCUUCUUGUCCGAGACCACUUUGUGCAACAUGUGCCUGCCGCCGAAUCAGCCACAGGAGCCGCUGUGCAACUACACAGACCUCCACACCGGGGAGCCCUGGUACUGCUUGAAGCCCAAGAUGCUGAGCUGCGACACUAGAAUAAACCACGCCAAGGGUGGCUACCAGAAGCACCUCAUCACCAACAAAGAAGCACUGCUCUUUCAGAGCGGUGUGAACAUCAAAGUUGUCAUUCAUGCGUCAGGACCUGAUCGGAUCAACGUGCUUCCUAAGAAGAUAGAUGAACCAGAGUUAGAAAACGUCAGCAUCAAACCGGAGCCGGUCAAGUGUACUCCUUCUGGGUAUUACUACCGAGGCUCUUGGAGGUCCUUCGGUGGAACUACUUCUCGCCAGUUUAACGACUCCUCGUCCAUCACGCAGUGCCUGACUGGCAAGGUGAUCCACAUGUACGGAGACUCCACGGUGAGGCAGUGGUUUGAGUACCUCAACGCUUUCGUACCAGAAAUCAAAGAGUUUAACCUGCACAGUCCAAAGAACGUGGGACCCUUCAUGGCGGUGGACAGUAAACACAACAUCCUGCUGAAGUACCGCUGUCACGGUCCGCCCAUUCGCUUCUCCACCGUCAGCACCAGUGAGCUACGCUACGUCGCAAACGAGCUGGACGGCCUGCCCGGAGGGCCCGACACCGUGGUGGUCCUCAGCAUCUGGGCCCACUUCAGCACCUUCCCCGUGGAGGUCUACAUACGCCGCAUGCGGCACAUCCGACGGGCACUGGUACGGCUCCUGGACCGGAGCCCCGGCACGCUUGUGGUGAUCCGCUCGGCCAACUUACAGGCCCUGGACCAGGAGGUGAGCCUGUACAACAGCGACUGGUUCUCGCUGCAGCGCGACAGGGUUCUCAGACCCAUGUUCAUGGGCCUGGGUGUUGUGUUUGUGGACGCCUGGGAGAUGACUUUAGCCCAUAACCUCCCCCACCAACUCCACCCACCUCCGGCCAUCAUCAAGAACAUGAUGGACCUCAUCCUGUCCCAUGUGUGCCCUACCCAGAAGAAGAAGAGCUAGUGGCAGGGAAAGAAGCUGGAAGAGACGUGCUGUCCAAUUGCUUGCAACAUUGUUUGCCUAUUCUGAUUAUCUUUGAAUAAGUUACCUAACUAUUUAGCAGACGCCUUUAUGCAAAGCACCUUGCAGUAGAUUCAGAUACAUGUGACUGAGGAGAUGGUAGGCGUUAAGCACCUUGCACGUAACAAAAAAGCCACCUGUUUUUUUUAUUUAGAAUUCUGUAAAAUAAAUAUUAAGUGGCAUUCACAUCUCCUUAACAGAUUGGUUGACGUUUUAGCUUCUUUAAAAAAGUAGACAAAAAAAACUAUUGCAAUACAACCAACCAGAUCUUAGCUUUAACAUUAAGUAAUGAUCGAUAUUUUACUCACAUAUUAACAUCAAGGGAGAAUUGUAAUCCCAAAAAAGGGUUCCUAAGCCAUGAGUGACGAUUGUGUUUAUCCUACGAUGGUGCCUCUGUGAAAAGGGUCUGCUUAAUUGAAUGAACCUUAUGCAACGUGGAAAUUUACCUCUAAAUCUGAAAUGGACCUAAACUAUUUUCUUUAAUUAUUUAGGAAGGCACAGUUGUCUAGAUAAAUGGUAGAGGUCAUUGUCUUUCUCGAAACAUGGCUAGAUGGGGCAAAAGAUAGCAUCUAAGUAGCACCCAAGUUCAUAAUCAACCUUUGUAAAGAGAGAAACAUUCAAAUCAAGAAAUGUUUUCAUUUUAUAUAAAAAACGAAAUUUCACGUAUGUUGACAAAAGGCCGCCAGAAAAGCAGCCACUACUGAUACCGUCCAAUUAUGUGCAAGUUCCGGAAAACUUUUAUAUUUAAAAUGACUAUUGACUCAAUGACUUGUCAGAAUUUAGUCUUAUUUUUAGUCAUCAAUUUCAGAAACCAUGUUAUUCAGCUGUAAAAUCAAUGUCAUGUUUUGUUAUUUUUUCGCUAUCUUCUUUUACUCACCAAUGUUUACAAUGAUUGCUUUACUGUUUACUAUUUUUACUAUUUUGCGGUUGGUUUCAAGGAAGCUGUCCUUCACCAUACAGUGAAAUGGAUGAGACAAGAGGCGACUCCCUCUGAGUUAUGAUCCAUGUGCCGUGUCGUAGCACAAGGGAACUAAUCUUCUGGGACAUUGAUGAUGUAAUUUUAUUGCAUCUUAUAUUUAUAUAUUAAGUCCCGUUUGGACUUUUUCCACUUUUGAGGAAUGUAUCCAUCUUUAAACAUUUAGAUAUGGUUUUGCCUCACGCAGUUUUUCCCCUCCCUGCCAGAUCCCUUUCCCUGACCCCAACUGUUGAUUUAUGUGUAUUCACCUUCUUCGUUAGUAUCCCCCUCCCUGUCAAACAUCCUUCUCUAUCCCUCCACUACUCUUGAGGGGUUGAUCGAACAAUUGAUCUUUGAUGAACAAUUGAUCCACUGGAUCAUCCUCCUCCCUGCCAGACCUCUGUCUCCAAGCCCAAUUGGCCCUUCCUUUGUCUCACAGCCUAAUUAGCCCAACGACAGAUCCACCACGGACCAACAGGUCUGGGGUCCAUCUUGCCCAAGUAUCACACCCGCUACAUUUUUAGCCUAGAGAAGGUUUAGGCGGUUUGUGAUUGGCUUGAUUUGAAUAAUGGUAACCCAAUAGGAAUCACUGGGUUACACCUUCUUGUAUGAUAACAGGUAAUGAAUUGAGGUAAAAGCUCCGCCCUUGUCAUAUGUUUUGAUAUACUGAUGUGUAGAAUUGACCAGAGAUUUUAUUGUACCACAUAAGGACUCAGUUGGCUAUUUUGGGUGUCCUGCGUGAGCCCACAAAUUCAGUGUUGAAAGUGAAUUAUUGACUCCGUGGUCAAUUUGAAGGAAACAGACUUGGAAACUGCACCUUGAUUUGAACAUCCUUCUACAUUUGGCAAGCCAGCCAGAAUUGAGCAAGCGGACUCCGUCAUCUCUUAAACUCUACACCAAUCUCUCCUACUAGACCUGGUUCUAGUAGGUAUCUACCAGGGUACCCGGAGAUACCUUACGACUUUGUGUGCAACGAAUACGAAUACCAAGACAAAUUCCUAAUAUGUGUAAAUGUAUUUGGCAAUAAGCCUUUUCUGAUUCUGA